GUGCACCUUUUGCUUACGCCCUAGUUAUUUGUAAAAACGAUAGACUCUGGUGUGUUCUGUUAAAGUUACCCUUGAUCACUUCGAUUCUGUCAUUCUUGUUCCUUCUUGAUUCACGGAUUAGGAGAUCGUUGCUGCAAGAACGAAAGUGAGGAUGGCACCGAACAUCACGAGCGCACCGACCGGGGUCCUUUUCGAGGAUGAAACACUCGACGAGAACGCGACCCGUCAGACGGCCGAGCAAAUUUCCAAAGAGAAACCGAAAUACGUGAGACGUAUCGUAUGGAGAAACGUCAUAAUAUUCGCCUACCUUCACCUUGCGUCCCUCUACGGAAUCUACCUGGCAAUUACUUCAGCCAAAUUGAUGACCCUUAUAUUCGCUUUCGCACUUUAUCAGUGCUCCGGUUUGGGGAUCACGGCAGGAGCUCACAGAUUAUGGGCCCACAGAUCAUACAAGGCAAAGUGGCAGCUCAGACUUAUACUCACUGUGUUCAACACUCUGGCCUUCCAAGAUUCUGCGAUAGAUUGGGCCAGAGAUCACAGGGUUCAUCACAAGUACAGUGAGACCGAUGCGGAUCCCCACAAUGCCAAAAGGGGUUUCUUCUUUGCCCACGUGGGGUGGCUGCUGUGCCGUAAACAUCCUGAUGUCAAGGAGAAGGGAGAGGGAAUCGAUAUGAGUGAUCUUGAGAGCGAUCCGAUUCUUGCCUUUCAAAGGAAAUAUUACAUAUACCUGAUGCCAGUGAUAUGCUUCAUGCUGCCCACUGUAAUUCCUGUAUACCUGUGGAACGAGACCUGGACGAAUGCUUAUUUCAUUCCGGCUAUACUGCGUUACACCUUCACCUUGAACAUGACGUGGCUCGUCAAUUCGGCUGCUCAUCUAUUCGGCGGCAAACCCUACGACAAAUUCAUCAAUCCAGCGGAGAACAAGAGUGUCGCGAUAGUCGCCCUUGGAGAGGGCUGGCACAACUAUCACCACGUCUUCCCCUGGGAUUACAAGACUGCCGAGCUGGGUAACUACAGGUACAACCUGACCACUGCGUUCAUCGAUUUCUUCGCGAGGAUCGGCUGGGCUUACGACCUGAAGAGCGUCUCGUCGGAUAUGGUACGGAGGAGGGUAGAGAGGACGGGCGACGGAAGUCACGAGGUUUGGGGCUGGGGCGACAAGGAUCAACCACAGGAGGAGAAGGAUGGAGCCAUCAUCACGCACAACACCAAGGACCAGUAAAUCGGCAUUACUAUGUCUCCUCUCUCGUGUCCUGGACAUGUGAUUGCUGUAUAACUUCAUUAAGUUUAACGCCAGAAGCCUCUCGUCUUUGGCAGCCGUGUUGGCUCCAAUCGAGAUAUCAUUUUUUGUGCGAGCAUACUUUUCGAAAAAGCGUUUGUAGACUCGAGCUUCUUGUUAGAAAUUUCGGAAAUUCAGUGCGCGCGAGGGCGUGUGUGUAAGUGUGUGUGUGAAUCUGCGAAAGAAUAAGGAAUGAAUGCGAGAUUGUUGGAAUCAGUGCAUAGCGCAUUACGUAUCAUCGAUCGGUAGGAUGUGUCACUAAAAGUUUUGCGAUCGCUCCAGAGAUGGCGCUGGGAGCAUCGAGUCAAGUCACUUAGUUCAAUCGCUCCUGUGAAUUCUCGACGGUGCUCCCGAUGACAGAUGGUCGGCUUCGAGAUUCAAUGUCGGUGUCGAUGCCGAUCGAAAAUUGUCCGGCAUCGUUAUCAGGAGGAUCGUCGAUUGUUAUCAUUAUCGUGUAAUCAUCGCACAAGGAGUUCUAUGGGUUCAGUAAUCAAUCACAUCGUCAUUCUCUUCUCUCUAACUUCUCAUUCUCAUCAUGCGUAGGCGUACUUGCUUAUUACUUUCGUUAGCUGUAUCGGUAAAGUUUAUCUGUCAUUCAUGACUUUCGAAGAUCGUUACAUGGGAUCUUUCGUUCGACGUUUCUCUCGAGAGAGGAAAACACUGGGAGAAAGAGUACAUCACAAAAGAAAUGACGUUUACGUAGAAAGACUCUUUGAUUGCAUGUUUUUGCUUCCUCCUUUAUUGAAACUAUAUUCUUUUUCACCAAAAAAUAAUUGCUCUCGGAGUCUCGCGAAUAGUGGCUUAAAGAUUUAACUUAUUAGAUGUGGACCAGUUGCAAGGCGCUCAUAGCCCGUUGUUUCGAGAAUGGCCUAGAAGGGAUACGAGGUCGUCUGUAGCAGCUUCUUUUUUGAACUCUUUCUUCACUUUUGUUUAACCUCGUUUACCCGUCGCUUGCGCGUGUGAGUUUAUUUAAUUUUCGAUAACACUUUUUUCUUCAGGGUUAUGUAAAAACAUUUGAAAUACGGAAGAAGCAAUGUUACGCGAUAUUUAAUCACGCUUUUGCCAUCUCGUUUAACUCACGGCACUGAUUUAGUUCAUAUAAGUAAUUUAUCUGUCCUCUCUUUCUCUCUCUAUUUUAUUUUAUCUUUUUUUUUCAAGUUACUUAAGAUCGCGACGGAGUCCGCGAGAAGGAGGAACAGUGGACGUUUUUGUAAAUAGAAACGGAGAGGAACGGGAGCCGCGUGCGACUGACUAUUUAUUGAAUAUUGGCAAUAUCUCUUUAUUUUUUGUUCUCCUUUAUUCCACUUUUCGCGAAGGAGCCAUAAAUUUGUCUCUUCUCCGUUGGGCUUCUCCAAGACCUACGUGUUAAGAGUGCAUGCCGGGAGAUACUUGUAGAGGCAAUUGGUCCAAGCAAGAUCAAUGAAGUACAGGUUUCACAUCGGAUAUACAAGGUCCACGUUGUACGUGUACAUAUAGAAAGUAAUUUAUUUAGCUAGGAUCUUAACAGGGAUUAUUCAAAGAUUAUUUGAAGCUGCUCACGUACCUAGCACUUUCCUUUUCCCCUCCGAACCGGCAAUCACUUUGCUCUUAUCUCUCCGUUCGGUAAACGUCGUUUCCGUUUCUGACAUCCAAAACAAUUAUAUUAGCCGCUGAUUUCUCUUACGUCCCCCCACGUCACACUUUGCCAUCUUUGACCUUUUUUGACGUCCAGCACCGUCGAGUGCUUCACUCUCGUGACUGGAAUGUGUACAGUCGAUCGAGAAAAUGAGCGCGGCAGUAAGCAAACACGUGCCGCAAGGAAACGUGGGGAGGACAAACGUGGAAGUGGCGACAGGAUUAGCGAAAUUUGGGGUAAAUGAAUUUAAAAAAAAAAAUUUCUCUUCGAAAUAUGCUCGACGCGACGCAUCAGCGUUGCGAAUGGACGACAGUGCUCGGAAUGGUCGAAGUGAACGAAAAAGAGGAAACUGAAGAAAGAAUUGACCGAGCCUCCGUAACCUAGUUGGGGAAUCGAUGAUAGGUAAACAAGUUACUCAGGUCACACUCCACCCGAGAGAAAUGCGUUGAACGUCCGUCGUGCGUUAACAUGCGAAUCGAAUGUGGACAAUUCGAUCAGAGCAACGAACACGAUACGAAGAUAUAAUUUAAAAAAAAAAGAUAUUUCACGGUGAAAACGUAAAUACGCGAAGCGUCGCGAUUUCGCGAAGAAUCAUGGAUAUUUAAGAAAAAACAUAACAUCCUACUUUCGACUUGUGGAUGAGCAUUAUUAUUAACUAUGCGUAAUUACAUUAUUGUACCGUGUAUUAUACGAUGAAUAUAUGAUUAAUUAAAAUAAAUAUUGAAUAAAGUAUAUUUUUAAGUAAA